AAAAGAAAAAUGCGAGCCGGGGCAUGAGUCGAGUGCUUUCCUCUGCUCGGGUUUGACACAGUUCAACACAUCCCAUCCUCCUGGAGAGUGCGGGUUCCUCAUCCCUCGCGCUAUGGGCGUACCUCCGUGUUUUUUCACAGCAGAGUAGCAAGGUGCGGGACGGGGUCACGGCUCCAUAAAUACCCGGUGCGCUGGAGGACUUGGAUGGACCCUGGAGGAGUUCAAAACUGCAGGACGAACUUCACGCGCUGGACAGGGGCGUCGUUUGUAGGCGCGCGGACCGGUGGAACUUCUCCCCGGGGUUUGUGGCAUCUAUCGGCUGAUAUGGAACAUCUAUGAUUCCGUAUUGGCAGAGAUAUAAAUUGAUUUAUUCGUCUUCCAGAGUGCGAUGUAGUUCCCCCUCGGCCCCCGAAGUGAGCUAUUUGUCAAGAUGACACCUUUGGGCCGUGCCGUGCUCGGACUGGCGUGGAGCUGCGUGACUUUCCUCUCGUGCGCUCACUGCGCGCUCAGUGACAACCAUGUGCACUCCAGCUUUAUUUACAGGAGGUUGCGCAAUCACGAGCGCAGGGAGAUCCAGAGAGAGAUCCUGUCCAUCCUGGGUCUGCCCCACCGGCCGAGGCCCUUCUCUCCCGGGAAGCAGGCGUCCUCCGCGCCGCUCUUCAUGCUCGACCUCUACAACGCCAUGGCCGUGGAGGAGGAGGAGGGCGCGGGCGCGCACGGCCACCAGCAGCAGGGCGCCGGGAAGGCGCUCGGUGCCAAGGCUCAAGGGCACUCCAGGAAGAGCUACUACAGCCCGCAGCACGCCGGCUACUCCCGUGUGGCACAGCCUUACCGAGCCGCCCCGCUGUUAGGCCACAGCCCCGCGCUGACCACCGCGCACGAGACCAGCUUCCUGAACGACGCGGACAUGGUCAUGAGUUUUGUCAAUCUGGUGGAGAAAGACAAAGAUUUUUCUCACCAGCGAAGACACUACAAGGAGUUCCGCUUCGAUUUGACUCAGAUCCCAGACGGAGAAGCGGUGACGGCCGCGGAGUUUCGUAUCUACAAGGAUCGCAGUCACGCUCGCUACGACAACAUCACUCUGAAGGUCACCAUAUAUCAAGUCACCAAGGAGUAUCAGAACAAAGAUGCAGAGACUUUCUUGCUUGACUCCAAAAAGGUGCAGGCGUCCGAUGGCGGCUGGCUCGUCUUUGACAUAACAGCCACCAGUAACCACUGGGUGAUGAACCCGCAGCAGAACCUGGGCCUGCAGCUCUGCGUGGAGACUGUAGAUGGACGAAGUAUUAAUCUGAAGUCUGCUGGAAUCAUCGGAAGGAACGGGCCGCAGUCCAAGCAGCCGUUCCUGGUGGCGUUCUUUAAGGCCAGCGGGGUGUUGCUCCGCUCUGUGAGAGCCGCUGGUGGGAAGAAGAAGAACCACAAUCGCAAUAAAUCAAAUAACCAGCAAGAAUCAUCGAGGGCACCGAAAGCUGGAGAUUAUAACACCAGCGAACAGAAACAGGCCUGCAAGAAGCACGAGCUUUAUGUCAGCUUUCGAGACUUGGGCUGGCAGGACUGGAUUAUUGCGCCGGAGGGCUACGCUGCUUUUUACUGUGACGGUGAAUGCUCCUUCCCUCUCAACGCACACAUGAAUGCAACAAAUCAUGCAAUUGUUCAAACCCUGGUCCAUUUAAUGUUCCCUGACAAUGUGCCAAAGCCGUGCUGCGCCCCGACCAAGCUCAACGCGAUAUCUGUGCUCUACUUUGACGACAGCUCGAAUGUUAUCCUGAAGAAGUACAGAAACAUGGUGGUUCGGUCUUGUGGGUGCCAUUAGUGGUGAGGCUGGAGUUUAAUUUAUGCAACCUGUUAUGGGAACCACAAAAAAAAAAAAAAAAAAAAAGAAAAACCAUCUCCUACAGGAACGAUGUGAUGUACAGUAUUAUGUAUAUAAAGUUUUAUUAAUUUAUUUUCCUUUUCUUUAAAACAAAAAUAGCACUGAAUAUUGUGAUAUUUAAAUGUAUAGGGCGCAAUAUUGAUCUUACUUUGAAUCACUCGUCAUGUAACUUUCAUGUCCUUCGGCAUAUAUUCCGUCACGGUCGCGUCUGUAUGAUAAAUUUCACUGGAGUCUUUGUGAUCGCAUCGCCUUCUGCUCAUUUGUCUCCCUUUCUGAAAUAAACAAUGUUUUGGGGGUUAAUAUUUAGUGGCCUGGAUGUCAUGAAAUAUUCACCAGCAAUAGAAACGGUAAUCAAACACAGUGCAUCUCAAACAACUGAAUAUGACGCUGUUAACUUCAACGUCACUACUUCAACAGGCUGUUGGAAACAUUUAAAAAAACAAAUUGGAUCGCCAGAGGAGAAAGGAAAAAAAAAUCUCUCUCUUCUAAUAUACACCUAACCAUCCAAAGCUGUUUUCAGGCUGUCACCAUCUUUCAGAUACUAUUUCACCUUUUCUUAGACAGUUUUGUCUUUCAUAAGAAAACGUGUUCGCAGAAUGUGAAGCUCCAGCGAAGCUUGUAUAAUGUUGAAUGUUCACUUCUGAAUGUUUCACAAACCUUGUCUUUUUUUUUUCCUGCAAAGUUUAUGUAGCUGUCUCAUGAAUCGUGUCUCUCACGUCUUAUAACCACAAAACAUCUUUGCUUCUCACUAUUUCUAGCUUAUGAUUGGGACGUGU